ACACACACACACACACACAGAGAAAUAUGGAGCAGAAGAAGAUCCUGUGUGUAGGUUUGGUGUGUUUGGACAUCAUUAACGUGGUGGAUACAUUUCCGGAAGAGGACACGGACACCAGAUGUGUGUCCCAGAGGUGGCAGCGAGGUGGGAACGCCUCAAACUCCUGCACGAUUCUGUCUCUGCUCAGUGCUCCCUGUGCCUUCAUGGGUUCUCUGGCUCCUGGACCAAUUGCAGACUUCAUCCUGAAUGAUUUUAAAAUGUGCAGCAUUGAUGUGUCUCUUGUUACUGAGCAUGUUCAGUGCUCAUGCCCUGCCUCCGUGGUCAUCAGCAACCAGACCAGUGGCACACGCACCAUCCUGCACAUGAACAGGUGUGUGCGUGUGUGUGUGUGUGUGUGUGUGUACGCAUGUGUAUACUUUCUUGCUUGCUGUCCAUGUCUGAAGAGAAACAUCCACACUUCACACACACGGGGUUCUGUUCCUAUCCUGCUGUUAGUGCACCCUCGUUCACUUCCUCUUCAUUGAGUGCACUUGUCCAUCCUAAGGGCCGUUCUGUGAAAUCCAUUUGAUGAAUGUUAGAUGAGGAUGAACAGGGUUAAAUGGUGAUGUCAGUUUGUACUCAGGAUCACUUGAGUGAACAUUUGAUUAGCUAGUUCCAGAGAUAGGUGACUAGUAAGCUAGAUAAUUAAGAAAAAGAAUAUUAAGCUGGCUAAUAUGUGUAACAGCAAUUGAUCAAAAAUAAAAUAAUUAAUAACUCAA